AUACUAUGUUGCUGUUGGUGUUAUCGUUCGUUAUCAACAGCAGGUGAUGAUGGUGAUGUUGAAGUGAAGUGAUUCGUAACUCUUUCGAAUGUUCCUGUUUACUCCCAAGAGUUCUAAGCUUAUCCUUAUUUUUCCAUCGCUGCCUCUCUAAGUGGCUAUGUAUUUAUAUGUUCUAAAUCAAAUUGAAUAAGAGAGAUAAAAUGGAGCUGUGCCAUAGUUUGUUAACUUGGCUCCAUACUCUGAACCUUUCGGCAUCUCAUUCAACUCCUCAAGAAACUAGCGAUGGAGUUGCUGUGGCUCAAGCUUUGAAUCAAAUUGCCCCAGAAUGGUUUACAAGUUCAUGGUUAGCCAAGAUCAAGAUUGAUGUUGGUGACAACUGGAGAUUAAAAGUCAGCAAUUUAAAAAAAAUUGUAGAAAAAAUUGUUGAUUACUACCAAGACAACUUCAAUCAAACUCUUCCUGAUAGUGUCAAACCGGAUGUCAACCGCAUUGGUGAGCAAGGAGAUGAGGCUGAACUGGGCAAGCUUUUGCAAUUGGUCUUGGGAUGUGCUGUGAAUUGCAACCAGAAACAAGAUUACAUUACUGCCAUCAUGGCUAUGGAAGAAGAUGUUCAACAAGUUAUUAUGCAAAGCAUUCAGGCACUAGAAGGCAAUGUUGGGAGCAAUGCAGCCAGUCUUGCUCCCAGUCUUGACCCAGACGGCCCUCAACUAACAAGAGUGCUUGCUGAGUUAGAGCAGGCUGUUGACGCAAGGGAUGAACUUGCUAGGCGCUGCCAAGAACUAGAUCUUCAAGCAAGCUUGCUACAAGAGGAGAAAGCUAGUUUGCUCCAUGAAAACCGGAGAGCACAGGAACGCCUUCGUCAGCUGGAAGCUGAGGAAGCCUCUGUUGGUAGUGGAAACCGCCUGCAAGAACUAAGAAGACAACUUGAUUCAGUAAAAGAGGAGCUCUACAAAGUGGAAACAUCUAGAGAUGACUAUCGUGCUAAAAUAGAUCUCCAGGAUCAAGAACUCAAAGAACUUAGGAUAAGAACAGAUGAAUUGCAACGCAAAGCUGAAGAAGCCCAACAUCUUAAAGAUGAGGUUGAUAUAUUACGGGAGACAGCUGAUCGUGUUGGUCAGUAUGAAGCCACCAUUACAAGUUACAAGAAAAAGCUUGAUGAAGCUAGUGAUAUGAGGAGGCAAUUAAAAUUAUUGGAAGACAAGAACCUUGAGCUUGUUCAACAGACAUUGCAGCUGGAGGAUGAAGUGAAAAAGUCAGGGACGUGGCGUCCACAACUAGAGCAAUACAAGAAACAAGUCGCUGAACUGCAUUCUCAGUUAGCUGAGGAGACCAAGCGGGCUGACAGAGCUGUAUUUGAAAGCAGGAAAGCUGCUGAAAAGCUCACUGCUGCCCAGAGAGAAAAAGAGCGUCUCAUUCUAGAACGAGAUACUUUAAAAGAAAACAAUGAAGAGUUAAAAUGUCUUCAGAUGCAAGCUCAGCCUACUACUGUUUCCCCUGGUGCUCAUUCUGCCGAAGAUGAAAUGUCAGAAGGCAUGAUUUCACCUGACGUAAGACAGCGUUUAAUGCGUCUUGAACAUGAGAAUAAGUUGUUAAAGCUUAACCAACGUGGCCCAGAGGAAGAAAAGGUAGCAAUUGUGCAAGCUUUGCUUGAUGAUGCAAACCAAAGAAAUGAAAUGCUCACUGCUGAGAAUAGAAGGAACACACAGCGUUUGUAUGAAUUAGAAAGUCAGGUUGCUGAUUUGAUGGAGAAGAAUGCAGAGGGAGGAGCUGAUCUCAAGACCCAUUUGUCUGAGCUACGAAUGCAGCUAAAACAAGCCCAGGAUGAAAAGGAUCGCCGUAACAACCAAAUUGAGCAAAAAGAGGUUGCACUGGAGGAGAGCAGACAAACACUUUCCUCAUUACAGGAGACUGUAAAAAAGAGUCGUCAAGAAAUUGUUUCCCUUGAAGAGACAAUCAAGCACAAAGACAUUGAAAAGCAAAAUCUUGAAGAGCAGUUAAAGAGGAAGGAACAGGAAAAGCAAGCAAUUGAAGACAAGUACAAGAGAUGCAUGGAAAAAGCAAAGACGGUCAUUAAUAGCCUUGAGCCAAAGAAGGUUAUGCCUAAUGUUGAUGUGAACGUUCUCUGCAACCAGUUAUCCGAAAAGAAUAGUGUAAUUGAAGAGUUGGAACGUGAGAAAGAAAAAUAUAAACAGACAAGGGAAAUGGAAGACCGUCUGAUGAGUUCUGCUCUCCACACACUUGGGUUAUCUCGGCACAGAGAAGCUGUUGAUCUUCAUCUAGCUAAUCUUAAUUCUGGUCAAGGGCAGUCAUUUUUAGCUAGGCAGCGGCAACCCACCAAUCGUAGACGAACAACACCUCACAAUUACAACUCCAAAUAAAGAGAAAUUGGAACAAACUUUUUCUGCUAUGAUAUAAUACGUAUUUUUCUCAGUACUUGCUUGAAUAGCUGAGUUAUUAACUAAAAUCUAGUGCACAUGAUUGAUCAAAUGUGUUUUGUGAACACAGAAAUUCUGUACUGAAAGCACUGUAGAGGCACUAGAACUAAUGGUGUUGUUUCAUUGUUAUAUGUUCACUAUAAUAUUGUUAUUUCUGUUUUUAUAUCAGAUUAUAAAUGCAUGGGAAAUAACCCAUACUGACACUCCCAGAUGGAUAUUUCCUUAUGCCCUGACUUGUUUGUUAUUACCCAUUUAUGAUACUUUAAUUAUUUUUACACAUGUUUUGGUAUUAGUAUUAUUCAUUGUCAUGGUGCUUGUGAGAUUAUAGUAAUCUGGAAUAUAAGAAGAGGCUAAUGCAUUUUUGUCUCUUAAACCUCACAUAAUUGGAAUACAAGAAAAGGAAAUAGAAAGCAAUAGCUGUUGGUUGUAUACCUAAAUAUAGCUUGCAUUAUUUUAUUUAAAUUUCUAUGUACAAUAAAUACAUACAGUUGAGAAAGUAACUAGAACCUGAAUCUUACUUCAUCUUUUUCUGCUUCAGAAGAUGGUUUCUGAGAGCAGCCUGUUGACAAAAAUGGUGAAGACAAUAUGAAUAUAUACCUAACAAACUUUCAAAAUAUGUCCAAAUGAGAAAACUAACUAAUGUACCUGUUUGUCUUUAAAGGAACGCUUGGUCUUCCCACGAACUUUGUGUUUCAGCAUCAUGAAGUUCUUCUUCUUCCUCUUCUCUCUGUGUGUAGUACUUGCAAAAGGGUCCACUCGACCUCCUUUAUAUCCAAACUUCUCACGGCCCUCAUGCCCCUUCUGAAAUAUUCAAACAGCCACCAAUAUUAGCUCCAGCAUACAGAUCACUAUUGAGCUGGCCAGCAAAAAGAGAAAUGAUCCAUACCUUAAUGCUCUCCAUGCGAGUUAGCUUGUCAUGUUUCCUCUUCUUGUAGAUGUUUUCAAUGUCAUUCAGAGAAACAAGCUCACCUCUGUAAUGUUCGGUAAGUGAUGAAAUUUUUUAAAAUAAAAAGAGCAAAAAACAGA